UGCGCGGCGGCGGGGUCCAUUUGGAUCUACCCCACUAACUACCCGGUGCGCGGUUAUCAGGUGCGCAUGGCCCACGCCGCCUUGCUGGGUAACACACUGGUCUGUUUGCCCACCGGGCUGGGUAAGACCUUUGUGGCCGCCGUCGUCAUGUACAACUUCUACCGCUGGUUCCCCUCCGGCAAGGUGCUCUUCCUCGCGCCUACCAAGCCCUUGGUGGCUCAGCAGAUGGAGGCCUGCGCCCGCGUUAUGGGGAUCCCGGCCCGGCACAUGGUUUCGGCCCGGCACAUGGCCGAGAUGACAGGGGGAACCCAAGCUCUCAGUCGGAGGGAACUGUGGAAUACCAAGAGAGUCUUUUUCCUUACACCCCAGAUAAUGGUCAAUGAUCUUUCUCGUGGGACAUGUCCUGCUAUAGAGAUUAAAUGUUUGGUUAUUGAUGAAGCCCACAAAGCCCUUGGAAAUCACGCCUACUGUCAGGUUGUAAGGGAACUAAGCAAGUAUACAAAUCAAUUUCGGAUCUUGGCCCUAAGUGCCACACCAGGCAGUGAUACAAAGGCUGUGCAGCAAGUUAUUUCCAACUUACUCAUUGCUCAGAUAGAGCUAUGUGCUGAAGAUUCUCCAGAAAUUCAGCCUUAUUCUCAUGAGCGACAAGUGGAAAAAAUUGUUGUUCCACUUGGUGAAGAAUUGGUAGAAAUUCAGAAUGCGUACAUCCGGUUUGAUUCUGAAACCAGUCCUACCCCAGUCUGUGCUGCAGUAAGAAUUGUGGGAGACUGUGCUGGGCGCUUGACAAAGAUGGGGUUGCAGAUGGCUUCUGCAGUGAGGAGGAGUGAGUUGCUAGCAGACCUGCUGACUGUAGCACGGAGACACAUAGCUCCGAAUAGCGACCAUUUCAAAUUUGGGACUUAA